UGGCAUCCUUGUUAAAAAGCAUUUUAUUAUUGCCUUCCAUUUUAAUCGCAGAUCUCUUCAAUCAUCUUUUUUUUUUUCUCAGACGAUCUUCAACCGCUCCGAACAUUCAGUGUUUUCCAUGAAGACGAUGAAGCCUGGAGUUUCUUCAUUGAAUCCCUAUGCAGCAUCAUACAUACCUCUUGCCAAAAGGGAGGCCAACGAUAAUGUGACAGCUAAACACAGCAAUGAAAAUGCUUGGUUUGAACCUUCCUUGCACUUUGCACAUAAGCCGCAUUAUAGCGGUGCUUCUCUCGAAUCUGUUGCCCAUGGUACUAAAAAGCAUCAGGUUGCCGAAGGAUCUGCCGUGAAAAGCCACCCUGGUUGUGGUUUUUUGAUGCAAAAUCCAGGUGAGAUGAUUGACAAGCAGUUUAUGGAUGAAGAAUUUGACAUGGAUUUGGAGUAUCUUCGCAUGACAUUCCCUGAUUUAUCCAAUGAGUCUCUUAUGGAUGCCUACUUGGCUAAUGAUGGGGACUUUGAAGCCACUGUUGACAUACUGAACCAACUUGAGAUGCACGCUGUAGAAUCUUCUGAAUUGCUUCCCGACACUUUGGAUAUCGGUGACAUCUCUGAGUCUGGGUCUUCAGCAACCUGCAGUCCUCUUAAACUGAAGAACAUGGCAGGCGAAACAAGUGCUUCUUCAUCAGGCACUGGAAAUCAGUUGUUGCAUCAUGAUCGACUUUCUCGAAGGAUAUUUUAGUGAAGGCUGAGAAAUAUGGUAUGUGAAGUGUUUAUGUUGUAUAGUUGUAUGCUGCUGCUCGCCUAAAACUAAUGCUGCUGUUGUGAGCUUUUAUUGUUUGGUGAAAAAGCUCCUUUUGCAGUUAACAUUGCAAAGUAUAGUUUUCUUCAGAAUCGAAAAUGGUUCUACAAGUUUGUUGCGGGUUUCCAUUUGCUCGAGCGUGCAUCGUUUGAGAUCGAUUUUAACGCACUAACUCUAGCUGUGUAGUCGUCGAGGCUCGAGACGAGGAGAUGACUCGAGCACGAGAUGGCGAUGCGUAUUCCGGCCACUCGAAUCUUUCUCCCAAUGUGCAUUAGAA